ACUGAGGUCAGAUCCUUAGGUUUUACAUACUCGUAGCACGCCUUAUACAGUACUUCUUUUUUUAAAAACAAUCAACAUUAUAGUCUAAUGGGAUUGAAGUUCAUUUACAACAACUGCACAGCAAACCGCACUGGCUCAUGUGUGCGCACGCGCGCGUCCACAGACUGUAACGGCGCAGGAAGUCGCGAGAAAAGAAAUCUGUCCGUACACCUCAAUAAUAGACGAAUAAAGAGUGUCCAUACAGCAGAAGGCUUCGUCGGGUUAACAGAAAAGCUGAUCGUCACUGGGUAGAAGCCUCAGCCUCUGUGGCAUCUUGGUGAGUAGUUAUUCUAGCAGCUGUUGAUGCUGCUUCUAUUCCCAGAUGUGGUGGUUCCAGGAGGGAUUGUGCUGCUUGCCAGUGCUGUUGGUGGUAUGGUCAUCAGCAACAUUCAUCUUUUCCUACAUCACAGCAGUAGUCCUUCGGCAUGUGGAUGUGCUGGUGCCGUACAUCAGUGAUACUGGCACAACUCCUCCCGAAAGAUGUCUUUUUGGAAUUAUGCUGAACAUCUCAUCAUUCUUAGGCAUGGCCACUAUUUAUGUAAGGUACAAGCAAGUGGAAGCCCUGAAUGCUGAAGAGUCUUCAGUUCAGUGUCCUAACAAAUGGGGUCUGGCUCUGGGGUUAUUGAGUUCAGUUGGUCUUUGUAUUGUUGCAAACUUUCAGAAAAGUACCAUUAUUCAAAUUCAUGUAAUUGGUGCUGCCUUGACCUUUGGGGCUGGAGCAAUCUACAUCCUUUUACAAAUUAUCAUCUCCUUCAGAAUGCAGCCUCAUCUUCACAGCAAGAAAAUCUUCUGGAUCCGAACUGGCCUAGGACUGUGGUGUGCAGCCAGCAUACUGAGCAUGUUAGUAUCCUCAGUUAUAACCUACAGAAGUCUUCCCGGAGUCAACCUAGCUACAAAGCUGCACUGGGAUCCAAAUGAGACGGGAUACACAUCACAUCUGGUCAGUACCAUUUCAGAAUGGCUGAUCUCCUUUUCCUUUCUCAGUUUCUUUCUUACCUACAUUCGAGAUUUUCAGAAAAUCACACUCCGUGCAGAAGUCAGCUUGCGACAACACACUUUGUUUGAAGAGCCUGGCCUCAACUGGGGAGAAAGAACACCUAUCCUUGGGGGGCAUCUCUGAGGUUUCACCAGGGCGUUGUCAAUUGAAAGCAGGAGAAAAGCAGAAGAGCUGUUGCUCAGGUUCUCCUCUUGACACAUGAAUGCCUAAACAGCCUCUUGCACUUUUUAAAUAUUUUUAUAUGUAUCUGUGUUGGAUAAUGGUAUUUCAGAAAAGCACAAGUUAUUGUACAAUUACAUUUACAUUUAUUAACCUAGCAGAUGCUUUUAUCCAAAGCGACUUAUGAAAGAGGUCAACAUAAUCAAGUAACAUUCAGUCUGGGGACUGUUUUGAAACAAGUGUUAUAAAACAAGAUUAUAAAAUUGACCAUCACAAGUGAAGAGCUCUAAACCAAGCAGAACAACACAACACUUGUUUCUUUUUAUUAGCAACUAAGUACCUUAGCAUCAAAACCGGUAUCAAUUACAGAACAAAAAAGGCUUAAAACACUUAAUGCAUUGAGUUGGGCAGCUUGUUCUACUACAUAGGAGCCACACAUGAAAGGUGCUUAUGAUUUGAUGCCUCAGAGAUGCUAUUACCUGAUGUAUUUCAGUAGCAGACCUGAGUGGGUGAGAAGGAGCAUAGGAACUCAUGGGUGCCUCCAUAUACAUAGGAGGUGACUCAUUGAGUACUAUGGGUUUGAACCUAAUGGGGGCAUAACAAGGGUCCAGUGUACUGACCUGAAAAGAGGAGUCCAUUGAAUACAAGAUGUGCUGCUGCAUUUUAAAUAAUCUACAGUGGCCUGGUAGCUCAUACAGGUACUUAGGCCAGUAAAUAAUUACAGUAGUCGAGACUUGACAAGACCAAUACCUGGACUUUAACUUGUGCUACAUACUUGGUACGGUAUGGCCUGAUCUUGUUUGAGCGACUAUGUAUGAAUGCAAGACAGUUGCAACAUGAUAUAUCACCAUCCUGGCCACCAUCUUUAAAUUAUCCAGGGGGUAAAACUAUUA